AGAGUUCAAAAAAACAGAGAAAUAAAGGUUCGUCUCGUGACUCUUGUCCUCGACUCCACGGUCGCUGGAGAAGGAAAGAGCAGAGCCGCGGUGUUUGGGGCUUGGAGCUUGGAUGCGUGAUCAUCUCAAAUUUAUUUACUUCCCUGACUUUUUCAUUACACCUCCGGUGACUUUCUUCUUGCUUUUCACAACCAACAGUUUGUUUUACUCCAUUGGUUCCAGUAUUCAUGUGUUCAAAACCAGCUUUCCUGAAUUCAAAUGUAGAGCCCGGCUUCUGAAUGUCUACAAGUUUCUGUGCAGCUCGAAUGAUGACAGGUGCUAUUUGCCUUUCUAUCUUGCAAUUUUCUAGAUGCAGAAUCAAGUCAUCACCAAGUUUUUUUCGAUCAGCAUAUAUCGCCUCACACAACUUCCACACACUAAGGCAUUCUUCUGGAUGUGGUUCUGAGUUAUUAUGUGGAUCAAAUGGUUGCAGGACUCUUCUAAGGGCAACUAAAUUGAGUCAGAUUUUACAACCCAUAUCAACCAGAACUGGGAAAAGAGCUACAGACAUUAAGAAUACUAAAAAGGGUAACCUUCAGCAUGGAAAACCACAGGCAAGCAUUGCUAGUCCAGUGUCCAGCUCCUUUAGAAGCAUUGAGUAUAAUGAUGCUAGAGACAAGAUUGUAGAAUGCCAGGAUAAAAAGCAUCUUGUAAGAGUAUUUGCUAUUGAUACCGAAACCACAGGAUUUUGCAAAGAGAGAAGUCGGAUUAUUGAAUUUGCAAUCAGAGAUCUGUCAGGGGGAAAUAACAGUUAUUUCCAAACCCUGGUGAACCCUGAACAAUCUGUUCCAAACUCGCACAUUCAUGGUAUCACAACUGAGAUGGUGAACCGACCAGAUGUCCCAAGAAUGAAGGACUUGAUUCCAAUCCUAGUACAGUAUGUCAAAAGUCGGCUAAUGCCUGGGGGGAUUGCUUUGUUUGUUGCUCACAAUGGGCGCACUUUCGACAUACCUUUUCUGUGUAAGGAAUUCAGCCGAUGCUCCAUGAACAUCCCUUCUGAUUGGCAGUUUCUUGACACCCUUCCUCUAGCACGCAAGUUUAUGGAGGCAAAUGGAUUGCCUUCUCAAAAGUGCUCACUGCAAGCACUUCGUGAAUGCCUUGAUAUCCCAGUAGGAGAUACAUCACACAGGGCGAUGUCGGAUGUGAACGUGCUGUCGUCAUUACUUGGAAGGCUAACUUUUGAGAUGAAACUCACUGUUGCUGAUCUUAUAGAAAGAUCUUUCAAGGCUUCAGAUCUUAUUAAACCAAAAAAGGCUUCAGAUCCUAUUAAAUCAAAAAAGAUUAAAACCAAGGUCUGAAAGCCGGCAUUGUAGUUACUUACUAGAUGAUGAUGGUAGUUCCUUUUGAUUGCAUUUUAUGUGUUUAUUUCCAUCCAAACAGUUGAUUGGAAUGAAAUAUGAUGAUUUUG